UUUUAUACCUGAUCGCGUUCUCGUACUCUUUCAUAUGUUUUAUACAAACUCAAAAUUAAUUUUAGUCCUGUACGCAAAGAAAAUAAAUACUAAAUUCUGUUUGUGCCAUUCGUGAACAGUAUGCGAACAUUGCAAGGGCUGUGGUCGAUUUACGGACUUUAUUUAUUGAGUGCAGUUUCAUUCGUGUUCUUUGCUGUUUAAAUUACCUCACGCACACAUCGAUUGUACUGCUUCUGUCGUGGGAGUCAGGAUAUCUAUAAAAGACAAUUGGAAGCAGCCCAGCUAGCAGUCAAUAGUUACAUCGUAUCAUUCGGAUCGGCCUUUACAAACAAUGGAUUUCAUUAUUGGGCAAGAGGAAUUAGUAAAGGAUGUCGACAAUACUCCUGCUAUCGAAUCUGACGGAGAUGACAUGUACGGUUGCUUAUUUCGCUCAGUGGCAUGCGUCAUGAAGCAUCGCCGCCUAUAUUUCGCCGUCCUGCAUCAGAAAGACAGCAUUCCACACUUGAAAAACUGUUAUAUGUUCUCGACAGAUAAUGUACUGUAUGAAAAGUUUUUCGACGAUUUCGGUCCAGUACAUUUAAGCGCCGUGUAUCGUUAUUGCAAGAGCUUAAACGAAAUGCUCGAUGAACGAGAUGUAGGUUACUUCCGAAUCUUGCACUAUACAUCACCAGAAACGCCCAAGCUGCUUAACGCAGCAUUUUUGAUGGGCAGCUAUGCCAUCAUUUAUCUUCAGCAUACUGCUGAGAGUAUCUUGCGAACGUUGCGUAUGCAGUCGAACAGACUUGGCAAAUUUUGCGAUGCGUCACAGCAUGGCCCUAGCUACCUGAUAUCAUUAAACGACUGUUUGUCCGCGAUGGAGAAAGCGCACUCUAAAGGCUUUUUCUACUUUACGGAUUUCGACUACUACGCCUAUGAGCACUAUGAAAGGGUCGAGAAUGGUGACCUAAAUUGGAUUGUGCCGGGAAAAUUGUUGGCUUUUUCUGGUCCUCACAAGGACUCGCGCGUGGAAAACGGCGUGCAACUGCAUGGCCCGGAAAAGUAUAUUGAAUAUUUCCACUUAAAUAACGUGACCGCUGUCGUGCGGCUGAAUAUGAAAAAAUAUGAUGCAAAGAAGUUCACUGCUGAAAGAAUCAAACACUGUGAACUGUAUUUUGUUGAUGGAGGAGUUCCGACCAACAUGAUUUUGCGUCGCUUCCUUUCGUUUUGUGAAACGGAAAAGGGUGCCAUUGCUGUGCACUGCAAGGCCGGACUCGGUCGUACUGGAACUCUCAUUGGAGCAUAUAUCAUAAAGCAUUUCAGCUUCAGUGCACUGGAAGCGAUCGCUUGGAUACGUAUUUGCCGACCGGGGUCUGUUAUUGGUCAACAGCAAACAUGGCUACAGCAUUCUGAAUCAUUCUUGUUUGCCGAAGGUAAAGCUUACAGACAAAUGCACCCAUCUUCCAAUCGGCGUAGGCUUCCUUAUGGAAUUUAUAGCAUUAAGAAAAAUGCCAAUGCUUGGAAUGCUGAUGCACUGAUCUUUGAAGGCUCUCAUUCAACUCGUGAUCACGUUGGAGUUAUCUUCCCCAAAAAUGACAUAUUACACCUCUGUGACAAGAGCGAAUAUACAAAUACUACGGGUGCAACAAAUAAUCAAAUAAACAACAACGUGUUGGCGAAUGAAGAUUCUUUCCAAACUGUCGUCCACGCUGAUGUUCAAAAGCAGAACGUUGUCGUCGAAAAUAUUGGCCAAGAAUCCAGUUUACCCACUCAAGGCGAUCAAUUGAAUAAAAUUAAAGUGAAUCACCGGCGCAAUGCACAACAAAGAUGACAAUAAACUAAAAAAAAAAUAUUUUUAACGAUUCCACUAAUACUAUCUGAAGAUACAACUCAUAACAAUAAUAACACAAAUAGCUGCUGUUAUAGACUCAUAAUUAGAAUGUAUUUUCUAAUGUAACAACUUAACCGCCAUAAAU